GUUCAUUACUGGAAUGCGCACAUCGAAAAUAUAAACAGGUAAACAGGAAGAGUGAGUCAAAUACUGUAUAAGGAAAAGAAGUCUCAACACUAAGAUCAAGUAAACAGAUGGAUAUUCCUUCACAUUUUGCUGCCGUUAAUACCACAUCCCCGCACCCCUCCUACAACAAGAACAAUGGGCUGGUUCUUUCUGAAAACAUUCCCGCCACUCAACCAACCUUACACACAGAGGGCACAUCGCCACCUAUCUACAAGGAGACAAGUUCUGCACCUGCAGACACGUUUCAGCAGUCACCAAGAAGAGCUCAAGCAAACCAGUUUUCAAGUGAAGCUCAAGCAAACCCAUUUCCAGUCCUCAAUGUGCACAAAAUUACGAUGGUCAACCACAGCGAGCAAGUGUUUAUACAGCAGAUAGUGAGGAAUGAAGCUCCUCCGGUUACUGUGGUUCAGCCACAGCAUUUUGCUAUUACAUGGGGUAGGAGACCGACAGCGACUGUUUGUCAAUACUGUCAAAAAAACAUCCUGACUGUUGUUAAAUAUAAACCUGGUUGGGCUGCAUGGUGCAUGUGCCUCCGAUUAUCUCUACGUGGGCUCAUUUGUGGAUUUUGCUUCAUUCCUUUAUGUAUCAAGAGCUUACAAGAUGCCCAUCAUUCCUGUCCUUAUUGCCACAAGCACUUAGGAACCUAUACCCAGUAAUGAACAAAUUGUCUUUAUAUGUACCUGUUACAAGCCUCUAACACACGUAAUCUAUAUUGCAAUCAUUAUAUACAUAUCUUAUGAAAAUAUAUCUUUCACCACAGCAAAAGACAAACAAACAAAUAAAAAAAAAACAGGACACACAGCAAAAUGCCCGGUGUUAAAUGAACACUGCUGGCUGUAUGACUUCAUCUUUCAGAGUGUUCAAAAGUAACAAUGAAGCAGUUUUAAAAGCUGCGGUCUGUAACAUUUGUCAUUUUUACCAGGACUGUAUAUAUGUAUUACAGUUGCAUUAACUGAAUAAUAUUAAUGCGAAUAAAAUUUAAUUGUCAAAUAAAAAAUAGUCAAAGUUUCAGGCUGGUGCAGAUAGCAGAGAGAUUAUUGAGAACAAGAAUGUGAAGCUUUAGCUAGAAAGAAGAAUAUGAAAAAGUUUUAGAUUGACUUUAGUGACAUUAUAGUUAUUGUAAGUUUUUACUUGUUAUUGUAUUAUAUUGUAUUGUAUUGUAUUGUAUAUUGUAUUAUUUUUUUUAUUGAUACAUAAAACGUAUUUCAGUUUUCUAAUAUAUAUUGUAGCGUAGUGUUGUGUAAUGAUCACAUGACAUGCAGAUUAAAUGAAGAAUUUUUUUGUCAGUAAGUUUUUUAUUUAGAUUUUUUUAUUUUAAAAUGAUUUAUUUACAUUUUUAUGUACAUUUAAUUGUGAUAAGAACAUGGCA